UUUAUCGAAACAGUAAUGUUACAAGGUCAGGACUAAAAGAAACCAGUAAAGCAACCGGAAAAAAAAUGGUCUAUCCUACAAGAGUGUCUGGUACUAGAUGGGUUGGCCACCUGCAGACAGCAAUUGGGAAUUUCCUGAAAGGCUAUGACAUAUUUGUCACUCAUCUGGGACAGCUGCAGAACAGAGAUGUGUCUAUCAGCAGAACCGAGAAGGGAAACAAGGCCAAGGGUUUUUAUGCUUGUGCCCAGACCAAAUCUGUUUGGUUAAUGCUCCAUUUCCUGUUAGAUGUACUGGAAAUACUGUCUGGCAUAAGCAGGAAGUUCCAGUCACAAACAGCAUGUGUGUCGGAGGUGUUGAGCGAAAUCGACAUGGCUGUCGUUGGUCUUGAGAAAAUGAAAAACAGAAAUGGAAUGAAACUUCGACAGGCUAUGGAAACAGCACCAGCCCAGCUGACAGGAGAUGAUCGGUCAUUUAUCUCUGCUAGACAGAAAUUUCUGACAGCCAUAGUAGAGUCCCUCCAUCAGCGAUUCACUGACAAACCAGGAAUCCUAGCUGCAGUUUCUGCAUUCAACUUGUCGCUGUUCCCUAGUGAGGCCAAGGAUCUCCAAGACUAUGGGGAUGACGAGGUUGAUCAGCUAGUGGACCAUUUUGGUACAGCUUUGGAAGAUGCUGGUGUAGAAAUAAACCAGGUUGCUCAUGAAUGGACCAAAUUAAAACAGCUAAUGCCAACAAGGUUUUCCGGUUCUGUCAGCAGCUUCACAUGGGCAGAUGUUAACUCCAAGCUUGGAAAAGUAUGUCCGAAUAUACUGGCACUAGUUGAUUUGGUCUAUACCAUACCAGCAUCAUCAGCAGAUGCUGAAAGGGGUUUCAGUUACCUAAAGAACACAAAAUCAGCUUCCAGAAACACACUGCUGGACACUAACCUGAGUAAUCAGAUGAUGGUUGUUCUGGAAACUGAGGCUGUACAGGACUAUGAUCCUACAGAAGCUGUUCAUCUUUGGAACGCAGCAGCGAUGCGUAGGCUUCGUCAGGAGCCAAGUUGUAAUAGAGGAUCAACUACUAGACAAUUAGGGGAGAAUACUGAACAGAAAGCCAGAACAGUUCCCAGCACAGCUCCCAAGGAAUCAGAGUUACAGAUGAUCGAGUCUUCAGAUAGCCAUACUGAAGAGGAGACUAGCCUUGUCAGAAGGGAUGAAGAGCAUGUAACACAAUCAAAGGUCUCUACCAAGUAUGAACUUACUAUAGGUGAACAAGAACUGUCAAAAUCAGAGGAAAUUGUGUCGCAUGAAAAAAACUGUGUCUCCUUACAAACCACUGAGCAAGUGGAUCAGGACCAAGUGUUGAAAAAAAUAAGUGGACAUGAGGGUUCUAAAUCAAGUGACAGUGAUGCUCAAAACAGUCAAGUUAAAUGUUCUGAAUCAGACCAAAACAACAAUGUCCCUGAUUUUAAUAACAAGCAAGAUAAAAUUGUUGGUAGUAACUGUGCUAUUCCAAUUUUCUUGUGUAAAACCACUCAAACUGAAACAAUUUCAGAACAGUUACUAGAACUGGAUGAAGAAGCGUAUACUAGUGAUAGUGAUGUCUAUGAACAUGAAUAUUAUAACUGUGAAAAGGAUUGUUCAGAGUUUGAAAAUCAUGUUGAAUAUGCAGACCGUUUAAAACUUGCUAAGAAUGCAUAUGAAGAGUUUCUCACUAUUUUAAACUGUGAAUAACUUUUAUGUUUUAAAAUAGUGAGAAAGUCUUUAUCAAAGACAUCAACAUGAUUUUCAAACUCUGAACAAUCAUUUUCACAGUACUAUUUCAAGCCCUCCCCCUUUUAAUCUAAGCCAUAACUUGUAUAGAUAGUGACAAGUAUACUGUUUUAAAAUGUUAACCCUUUACCACUUAGAUACAUGUUUUGACGUGUUUUUACUUUUUUAGUUCCUUUGAGAGUUAAAUGUUAUUAAAGGACUUUCUUACUAGGUUCAAGUUUAAAGGUUUCAUUUCCAACCCUUAGAUAAUAAUGAGCAGCUAACAACAUAAAACCUGAACAGACUGCAAUUUCUCGCAUGCUGUUCUGGUUUUAUGCUGUUUGCACA